AAGAAACAGAAUCAGUCAAAAUGUUAAUAGAAUUAUACAAAAUUUCGUUUACCAUGCUUAUAUUCAUCAAUUUUCUCAGGUGGCAGUAUCUCCCUCAAUUUUUCCCAAUUACUCAGUGACUCAUUUACUACGAUAAAUCAAGCCAGUAUGUCACACAUGAUAACACCGAAUUAUUUAAAUGGUGCCAACACUCAACUGGACUCAUCCGCUCAAAGUCAACUUAAUAUAGGUAAUUUUACCUCAUUUUUGACAUUAUUACUUUGUGUGUGAACUACUUCACUUUAAGAGUUGAGGACUCCUUAUAAGAAUUUCUUUGUGUUUACUCAACUCAUAUGCCAAAGAACCACAUGUGCAGCUAAGUUGCCCAAAUUUGCUGUAGCAAAGCAAUGUAAUAAGAACACACGUUCUGAAGGUGAUUAUUUAGUAUUAUGUCAACAUAAAAUCCUAACUUAAGUCAAUUGUUCAUGAAUCUAUUAUGUUUGAGGUCACUCACAAUGCUGGUGCAACUCGUGGGAUCCAUUUGUAGGGGUGAUUAACAGGAAGUCAAGGAAUAAAAAAGCUAAUCAUGCAAAAGAACAUACGGGUACUAUGUAGUUAAUGUUAUUUAUUACUUUAAAGGCCCAUUUCUUAAUAAUUUUAUCAAUUAGAUCAAAUAAAAGUGUGGUUCUAAUAUCAUUUGCAGAAUAUUGGCACAUGGGUGAUCUACGCUAUCAAUGUGAAUAUUGUCAUGCGUUGUUUUGGUAUGACGAAAGAAUCCGAAAACAUUACAAUACGAGUGAUCCCAAAUAUACACUUUGUUGUAGAGGUGGGCAAGUAGAGAUUCCACACUUACAGGAUGCUCCUAAAGUGUUGUAUGAUUUGUUGUACAAUGAUGAUGCCAAAAGCAAGCACUUUCGUGACAACAUAAGGACUUAUAAUAGUAUGUUUCAAUUCACAUCGAUGGGGGCAAAGGUUGACCGUAAUAUCAAUUCCAAAAGGGGACCACCGACAUUUAUUCUAUGUGGUGAGAAUUAUCACUUGAUGGGUAGUUUGAUACCCAAAGUAGGGAGUCCUGCUAAAUUUGCACAACUGUAUGUAUUUGAUACCCAAAAUGAGGUGCAAAAUCGUAUCGCUCUUAUCAGGGGGGAAGAGAACAAUAAAUUUCACAAAGAUAUUGUCAGAGACUUGAAGAAAAUGCUUGAUGAGCAUAAUGUUUUGGUCAAAGCAUUUCGCAUGGUUAGGGAAUCAAUUAGUGUUGAGCCUAGAUCAAUGGUGAAAUUGAGGCUAUUGGGUAAGAGAGGCAAGGAUGGUAGAAGGUAUAAUUUACCAUCAACCAACGAGGUGGCAGCUUUGAUUGUGGGUGAUUUUGAUAUAAACAGAACUGAUAGGGACAUCGUGGUAGAGACACAAAGUCAUAAAUUGCAACGGAUUACUCAACUUAAUCCUGCAUAUUUAGGCUUACAAUAUCCGUUAUUGUUUCCCUAUGGAGAGGAUGGAUACAAAGAAGAGAUACCCCUCAAUAAGAGUAAUGCUAAUGAAGGAAAAGGAAGACAAGAGGUAUCCAUGAAGGAAUUCUUUGCUUUCCGAAUACAAGAGAGAUUGGCUGAUGGAUCCCCAUUACUAUAUUCAAGAAGAUUGUUCCAACAGUUUCUGGUUGAUGGUUACUCCAUGAUUGAGUCAGCAAGGUUAAAUUAUAUACGUCUUGAUCAAGAGAAGUUCAGAUGUGAGAUGUACAAGGGAAUUAAAGAAGCUGUUUUAAGUGGAGAAAAGACGUCAUCCUGUGGUAAAAGAAUUAUUUUACCCUCAUCAUUUACUGGAGGACCAAGGUAUAUGAUCCAAAACUACCAAGAUGCUAUGGCUAUAUGUAAAGUGGUUGGUUAUCCCGAUCUGUUCAUUACAUUCACAUGCAAUCCUAAGUGGCCUGAGCUGGAAGACUUCCUAAAAAACAGAGAACUAAAUGCAGAAGACCGUCCAGACAUGAUUUGCAGGGAUUUCAAAGUGAAAUUGGAUCAUUUAAUAAAAGAUAUCAAAACAAACAAGAUAUUCGGUAGAGUUUGUGCAGUUGUUUAUACCAUUGAAUUUCAAAAACGUGGACUCCCACAUGCCCACAUACUCAUUUUCCUUCAUCGGGAUGAUAAGUAUCCAACUGCGGAUGACAUAGACAAAAUUAUUUCAGCUGAGAUACCGGACAAGUACCAAGAUCAAGAAUAUUACGAAGCUGUUGAAAAACACAUGAUGCAUGGUCCAUGUGGUACACUUAGGAAAGAGUCUCCAUGCAUGGAGAAUGGCAAAUGCAUACGCCACUUUCCUAAAAGAUUUGUUGACACCACAACAAUCGAUGAUGAUGGGUAUCCAAUAUAUAGACGAAGAGAUGAUGACAAAACAAUAAAUAAGUCCGGUGUUGAUCUUGACAACCGAUAUGUCGUACCACACAAUAGAUCAUUAUUAUUGAAAUAUGGAGCACAUAUUAAUGUGGAGUGGUGUAAUCAGUCAAGGUCAAUUAAGUACUUAUUUAAGUAUGUGAACAAAGGAAAUGACCGUGUUACAGCUUCUUUUUAUAGGAGUGCUACUGAAGAUCCUGAAGAUGACAAAAUUGAUGAAGUUAGCAUGUAUUAUGAUUGUAGAUACAUAUCUCCAUGUGAAGCAGCUUGGAGAAUUUUUGGAUACAAUCUCCAUUAUAGAGAUCCCUCUGUUGUAAGGCUGGGGUUCCACUUGGAGAAUGAGCAAACCAUUAUUUUCAAAGACCAUGAAAACAUAGACGAUGUUGCUAGAGAAGCCUCCAUUAAAGAAUCUAUGUUUUUGGGAUGGUUUGAUGCAAAUAAACAAUAUUCUGCAGCAAGAUCCCUAACCUAUGCUGAAUUUCCUACAAAGUUUGUUUGGAAGGCUAAAGAAAGGGAAUGGUGUCCACGUAAAUCUCAUUCGGUUAUUGGCAGGAUUUUCUUUGUACCACCUGGAUCUGGGGAAGUAUACUAUCUAAGGCUACUACUUAACUUUGCCAAAGGACCUACAUGCUAUGAAGAUAUCAGGACUGUUGAUGGAAUUUUGUACCCAACCUUUAGAGAUGCAUGCUAUGCAAGAGGUCUUCUAGAUGAUGAUAGAGAAUAUAUCGAUGCAAUAGAGGAAGCAAGUCAUUGGGGUUCAGGAAUAUUUUUGCGCAAACUCUUUGCGACAUUGUUGUUUUCAAAUUCAAUGGAGAGGCCUGAACAUGUAUGGGAAAACACAUGGAGUUUGUUAUCCGAUGACAUACUUCAUCGUCAAAGAACCCUCCUCGACAACCCUGAUUUGCACCUAACAGAUGAAGAGUUAAAGGAAUUAACUCUAAUAGAUGUUGAGAACAUAAUGAAUAUCUAUAGCAGGAGCCUCAAGGAUUUCCCAACAAUGCCGUUCCCAAACAUGGACGCAUGUUCAUUGCAGUUGAUGGCAAGUGGGACUAAUCGGCUGAUAUGUGAUGAGCUUCGAUAUGAUAGGCGAAGAUUAGCAGAAGAACAUGCUACUUACUUACAACAAUUGACAGAUGAGCAGAAAGUGGUGUACAAAGAAAUCAUGUUGGUUGUUCAUAGUAGGAAAGGGGGAGUAUUCUUCCUUUAUGGAUAUGGUGGAACAGGAAAAACAUUUGUUUGGAAGACCUUGGCUUCCGCAUUGAGAUCUAAAGGCGAAAUUGUACUAACUGUUGCCUCAAGCGGAAUAGCAUCUCUUCUAUUACCAGGUGGGCGGACAGCACACUCACGCUUUGCAAUUCCACUUAACUUAGAUGAGUACUCAACAUGCAACAUAAAGCAAGGUAGUCAUCUAGCUGAACUAUUAAUUAAAAGCAAACUCAUCAUUUGGGAUGAAGCACCAAUGGUAAACAAGCACUGUAUUGAAGCUCUUGAUAGGACCAUGCGAGAUAUCUUACGAUUCAAGAAUUCUAACAGCCUCAACGAGCCAUUUGGAGGGAAGACAAUUGUAUUCGGAGGUGACUUUCGUCAAAUACUACCUGUGAUACCGAAAGGUACUAGACAGGAAAUUGUCAAUGCAACGAUAAAUUCAUCGUAUAUAUGGAACAGCUGCAAGAUUUUAUCUCUAACAAAAAAUAUGCAUCUACAAACAAACGGGAGCCAUACAACAUGUCAGGAGUUAAAGCAGUUUGCAGAUUGGAUAUUGGCUAUUGGGGAUGGAAGAUGUGGUACAUCUAAUGAUGGAGUUGAUAGUGUAAAAAUCCCGGAUGACAUCCUAAUUAAUGAUUGGGAUGAUCCUAUUGUAGCUAUUUGUAAAGCUACUUACCCGGAAAUGUUUAGAGGAACAAAUGUUGAAUAUAGAGCAGAGGAUCGAGCCAUACUAGCACCGACCUUGCAAAUUGUGGAUGAGAUAAACCAAUAUAUGAUGAUCUUGAACCCAGCUGAAACUAUAACAUAUUAUAGCUCUGACAAAGCUUGUGCAACAGAAGCCAACAAUGACUUGCUAGCAUCUAUACAUACUCCUGAAUUUCUAAACACAAUCAAGUGUUCUGGAGUACCAAAUCAUGAGUUAACUGUGAAGGUUGGGACACCUAUAAUGCUAUUGCGGAACAUUGAUCAUUCUGCCGGGCUGUGUAAUGGAACACGCUUAGUAAUCACUAAACUUGGAAAACAUAUCAUUGAAGCAAGGAGCAUAGCAGGGAGAAAUUCUGGCCAAAAGGUGUUUAUCCCAAGAAUGACCUUAAGUCCUUCGGAUCACAGAAUACCAUUCAGGUUCCAACGAAGACAAUUUCCCAUUAUGGUAUCCUAUGCCAUGACUAUCAAUAAAAGCCAAGGGCAAUCACUUUCGAAAGUUGGUUUGAUUUUAAAAAAGCCAGUUUUUACCCACGGUCAGUUAUAUGUUGCCCUCUCAAGAGUUACACACAAGAAGGGGCUAAAGGUUUUGUUAUGUCAUGAGGAAGGUGAUAACAAAGAGACAGACAAUGUGGUUUUCAAGGAAGUAUUCAGAAAUGUUGCCUGA